UCCUUGUUUCACAACUGCAACUAGAUAAAAAUGAACUGAACGGAAACUAAUAAGCUUGUCUGCUUGUCCUUUUGUGCUGAGUUUUUGUUUAUACCGUUUAUAUUUUUGACUUCAUAUAUUUAACUAUUUGGCUUAUUUAUUAAUAGAUAAAAUGGGCUCAUUAGUUUUAAAAACACUUUCAGUAUUUCUAGGUUUAUUUUUUAUACUUGUCGGAUCAAUGAAAAUUUCUCCGACCAUAAAUAAAGAAAUGCACCGUGAGAUAAGAAGAAAUUUUGUCCAGUAUGCAAAAGUUUUUCCUCUGGCAAAAACAAUUGGCUUCAAAAUACCUUCGAAAUAUUUUCGUAUUGUUGUAGGCUGGAUGGAGGUUCUAUGUGGCUUAACACUUGUGUUUAUCCCAGGUGUACUAAAACUGGUUGCUAAUAUAAUUCUGCUUUUUUUAAUGCUUGGUGCUUCUUACACACAUACUAUAAUUGAAGAUAAGUUUGAAAGAACCGCUCCUUCAAUUGUGUUUGCCUUGAUGCUGAGUUGUCGAAUAAUCGUUCAUCUUCAAGUGAAACGAAAAGAAAAGAGAGCAGCUUUGGAACAUGGGAGAGAAAAUUCACACAGGGAUUUAUUUAGAACUGAUAGCAUUUCAAACAAAGAAACAAAACAAGAUUAACUUGUUUCUUUCUUUUUAUUUAUAUACUAUUAAGUUACAAGUAUUAUGUGAUAUUUUAUUUGUUAUAAUUUACAAGUUUUUUUUUUUA